AUUGGGACUCAUCUCCCUCCCGCCUAUCAAGCCGCCAUCGCCGGCGUUCCAGCAGCAGCACGAGGGCGGUGUGAUCGGGAAGAGCAGCUUCGCAUCCAGGGCGAAGCAGACGAAGAGUAAGAACCAGGAGACUGUGGACGAUGGCGGCGACCGUAGAGGACCUCUUGAGGCUGGAGAUGCCUGCGGACGAGAAGCGCAUCAUUGCGGAGUACAUCUGGGUGGGAGGGAGUGGUCUUGACCUCAGGAGCAAGCCCCGCACCCUGCCUGGUCCCGUCAAGUCGGUGUCUGAGCUUCCCAAGUGGAACUACGAUGGCUCCAGCACGGGCCAGGCUCCCGGCGAGGACAGCGAGGUGAUUCUCUAUCCGCAGGCCAUCUUCAGGGAUCCCUUCAGAGGCGGCGACAACAUCCUUGUCAUGUGCGACUGCUACACUCCUCAGGGCGAGCCCAUCCCCACCAACACUCGCUACGCUGCCAACAAGCUGUUCCAGCAGGCGCUUGAGACGGAGCCGUGGUUCGGACUGGAGCAGGAGUACACUUUGCUGGAGAAGGAGCACAAGUGGCCGCUGGGCUGGCCCGUGAAUGGCUACCCUGGCGCGCAGGGGCCGUACUACUGCGGCGUGGGUGCUGACAAGGCGUGGGGGAGGCGCAUCGUGGACGCCCACUACAAGGCCUGCGUGUACGCCGGCAUCACGAUCAGCGGGACCAACGGCGAGGUGAUGCCCGGGCAGUGGGAGUUCCAGGUGGGGCCGGCCGUCGGCAUCGCAGCAGGCGACGAGCUGUGGGUGGCGCGGUACUUGCUGGAGCGGAUUACUGAGAUGGAGGGGGUGAUUCUGUCCCUGGACCCGAAGCCCGUGCAAGGCGACUGGAAUGGUGCCGGGUGCCACUGCAACUUCAGCACCAAGGCGAUGAGGGAGGACGGCGGAUGGGAGGUGAUCAUGGAGGGCGUGAAGAAUCUGGAGCUGAGGCACAAGGAACACAUCAAGGCGUACGGCGAGGGCAACGAGCGGCGGCUCACGGGCCGCCACGAGACGGCCAGCAUGGACCGGUUCUCGUGGGCCGUUGCGAGCAGAGGGACGUCCGUGAGGAUCGGAAGAGACACGGAGGCGAAGAAGAAGGGGUACAUGGAGGACCGUCGCCCGGCGUCCAACAUGGACCCGUACGUCGUCACCUCCCUCGUCUUCGACACCACCACGCUCUGGAAGCCAUAGAUUGACGAAAAUACUGGAUCGAUUUAGAGGGUCUACCUUUUUUCUUUGUCUAAACAGCUAGAGCGAUGAAUUCAAGUAUUUCGACGAUGCUUUUUAUCAAAUUUUAUGUAUAUUUGGUUCGAGAGUUUGGUAGUUUUUUUCCCCUUUUCGUUCGGAGUAGUUUGCGCGGGCCCGGCGUUGCCCGGUCCAACAAGCAUUUCAUAUUUCGACUAGCCUAAGGCACAGCGAGGCGGGCAGUCGAUGUCGGGCCCGGCGUUUGAAGUUUUGGUAGACUCGCAGGGAGGCGGUAAGCUGCUUCUGUCUCAAGCACCGCGAGGUCGUGCCACGAUUGGAGUAAAGCGAAUGAUUUUGAUAAAAUGGAUCGAUAGUCAAAGUAGACAGAUAGACAUAUACGGGUAUAAAGAGGUGGUUAGGUACAUAGAACAUAGGCACAUAUGUAAAAUUCGUAAUAUCGGAAUGAUUUGAAACGAAAAUGGGACGCUUGUUUGUUCCUAGAUGGGCCGAGAGAGAGAGAGAGAGAGAGAGAGAGAGAGAGAGAUUGUGUUGCUGGGUCGAGGCUGGGUAGGAAGGAGGCUGAGAGGGGCUUAGCUUCAACAAGAUAGGGGCAAUAGUAAAAUAAGUGAAAAGUA